AUGGUACCCUUCAGAUCUCUCAGGUCACGCUCUCAUCAUACUCCUGAGGGCAACAGAGACAAUUUUGUCACACUACGCCUUAGCUCUAAAAAUCAACUCUCCUGCCUUGCUGUUUCGAGGUCGAUGGAUCAGAAGAGGCCAAAAUCACACAUAUUUCAGGCUUGCCUGAUGUUUCGCCUGAAAGAGCGCGUCAGGAUGGAUCAGAACCAGGCGACAGCUCUGGAGACCCAAGCCAACAGCACAGAGAGCAGACUGAGAGAACUUGCUCUAAAGUGGUUCACAGAGACACAAGCCCCUCUCAUUCUUCACAAUGGCAACUUUCCUGCCUGGUUCCAAGGCUUCAUCAGCAGAAAGGACGCUGAAGAUCAUCUCAGAGAUAAAGAGCUGGGCUGUUUCCUCAUUCGUCUCAGCGACAAAGCGGCCGGUUACAUCCUCUCAUACAAAGGACGUGAUCGAUGCCGACAUUUUGUCAUCAAUCAGAACAAAGCGGGACAGUUCAUCGUCACGGGAGAUACGGAGAUGCACGAUACUCUCACCAGUCUAAUCGAGCAUUAUAAAACCAGACCCAUCGAGCCGUUUGGGGAGUACCUGACACUAUCUUGCUUUGAGUCUGCCACCAACGAGCUCUAUGAUGUGGUGCAGAUUGAUCCAAAAGGAAGACCAGGUGGGAAUGUCAAAGCUGCCAGGGUCAUCCGGGAUCAUCCAGGGUCAUCCAGGAGUGGCCAGCCUGAUGAAGGCCCACCUCUGCCUGUGUUACCACGCAAAACCAACAGAAGCCCACCGGCUGUGCCGCCCGUGCCAAAACGUGUCAGCCCCGUGAAGACAGCUUCUCUUGAGGAUUACAGUGACCCUACGAGUGGACUAGUCUACGCCCGGCUGGAACAGCCUAGAACCAGAGUCCCCGACAACCAGAUCAGGGUGUUCAAACCAGAGCCUGUGAGCACAAGCACAGUUUAUUCUGAACUCAGCCUCAUCGACUGCAGGAGCAAAUCACUGCCCCUUCUGGACGACGACAAAGAGGCAAAUCAGUCCUAUAGGCUAGACACCCCCAAAUAUUGCCAGUUGCAUCGGGUAACAGGGCAAACUCUCUCUCUCCAGGAGCCAAGGCAACCCUUCAGGAGGUCGCCUAGCCCUGAAAUGUCCCCCCACAGCCACAGCCUGGACAAGCUGUGCGACACGCAGCUCUAUCAUUUGUCCGGACCGCCCAGCAACCGCAGGGACAAAGCACAGUACAUCUCCACGGUAACAGAGUCAAACGACAACACCUACGCAGAAGUGCCCUGCAACCCUACGCCAAACCGUUUCGUCACAGAGAACACUUACGAGCAGAUACCCAAACAUCUGCCCACUGCUGGAACGCAGAGCCACAACCCUGCCCACAGCAGUACCUAUACAACACAGCAGGAAUACAGACCAAAGCAACCAGAGUCAACCAGCCGCAACAAGGUUCCAGAAAAUGGAAAUGCUGCCAGCCGAGUUUCUCAUUUCUGCACUCGCUAA